GGGGCGCAGUUGAGGCCUCAGUUAGGUUGGAGCUUGGGGGCAGGGCCUGGGCGGGGCGCUAGGGCCAGCACCGCCCGCCUGGUCCCGUGAUGCCGGUCUGAGCGCAGGGGUCACGAGUGCCCAGGGGGCCGACAGCAGCGGCAACGGCGACAUGGCUUCGGAGCAGGAUGUGCGCGCACGGCUGCAGCGCGUGGGCCAGGAGCACCUCCUGCGCUUCUGCGCGGAGCUGGCGCCGGGGCCGCGCGCCGCACUGCUGGCGGAGUUGGAGUCGCUGGAGCCCGAGGCGCUGCGCGAGCACUGCCAGCGCGCGGCCGCGGCCUGUGCGCGUCCCCCGGGCCCACCGCCCGACCUGGCCACGCGCCUGCGUCCCCUACCCCCGGAGCGAGUGGGCAGCGUGAGCCGGAGCGACGCGGAGAGACGGCGACUCUGGGAGGAAGAAGGUUUCCGCCAGAUCGCCCUGAACAAGGUGGCCGUGCUGCUGCUGGCGGGUGGGCAGGGCACGCGCCUGGGCGUGGCCUACCCCAAGGGCAUGUAUCAGGUGGGGCUGCCCAGCCGGAAGACUCUGUAUCAGCUGCAGGCUGAGCGGAUUCGGCGGGUGCAGCAGCUGGCCAGUGAGCGCCACGGAGUCCGCUGCACAGUGCCCUGGUACGUCAUGACGAGUGAGUUCACUCUGGGGCCCACGGCCGAGUUCUUCAAGCAGCACGACUUCUUUCACCUGGACCCCGACAACGUGGUCCUGUUUGAGCAGCGCAUGCUGCCUGUUGUGACCUUCGACGGGAAGGCCAUUCUGGAGCGGAAAGACAAGGUUGCCAUGGCCCCAGACGGCAACGGGGGCCUGUACUGCGCGCUGGCGGACCACCAGAUUCUAGAGGACAUGGAGCGCCGAGGAGUAGAGUUUGUGCACGUGUACUGUGUGGACAACAUCCUGGUGCGGCUGGCAGACCCCGCCUUCAUUGGCUUCUGCGUGCUGCAAGGCGCGGACUGUGGCGCCAAGGUGGUGGAAAAGGCUUACCCCGAGGAGCCUGUGGGCGUGGUGUGCCAGGUGGACGGAGUGCCCCAGGUGGUGGAGUACAGCGAGAUCAGCCCCGAGACCGCCAGCCUGCGCGCGCCCGACGGGGGCCUGCUCUACGGCGCCGGGAACAUCUGCAACCACUUCUUCACCCGGCGCUUCCUGCAGGAGGUCACCGGGAAGUUUGAGCCCUUGCUGAAGCCACACGUGGCCGUGAAGAAGGUCCCGUACGUGGACGAGGAGGGGAAUCUGGUGAAGCCGCUGACGCCGAACGGGAUAAAGAUGGAGAAGUUCGUUUUCGACGUGUUCCAGUUUGCCGAGAACUUCGUGGCCUUUGAGGUGCUGCGGGACGAGGAGUUCUCCCCUCUGAAGAACGCCGACUCAGCCGACCGGGACACCCCCACCACGGCCCGGCGGGCGCUGCUCGCCCAGCACUACCGCUGGGCCCUGCAGGCCGGGGCCCGCUUCCUGGAUGCACACGGGGCCCGGGGCCCCGAGCUGCCCGGCCUGCCCAGCAGUGAAGAGCCUCCGGCCGUGUGCGAGAUCUCGCCGUUGGUGUCCUACUGUGGAGAGGGUCUGGAGGCGUACCUGCAAGGCCGGGAGUUCCAGUCCCCAGUCAUCCUGGACGAGAACGGGGUCAGGGCAUUGGGUCCCUGACUGGCGCCCAGACCCACCGGCCCCCAGGGUCUGCAGGGGUGUGGACGUGGCCCUGGCCCGGGGCCCCGGGUAGGAGAGCAGGCUGCCGUGCCAUUCUGGACCGUGGGACCCGGAAGGAAGAGCCCGGACUCGCUCCGUCACUCCUGGUUUACAGAGGGACUGCUCCCCUCGCCCUGGCAGCCGCCCCAGUGCCUGGGACGGGGCUGGCGUCAAGGGCCAGCCCGCCCACUGAGGCCGACAGAGAGGCCGCCCGACUCAUCACCACAAGGGGCUGGCCGCACCGAGAGGCUGGACCUGCGCACCACGGCUGAAUUCUCCAUGUUGUCUCCCAGGCCUCAGCCCCUCCACCCCGUCUGUGACCGGUUCAGGCUGCUGAGCUCCCCCCAGGCAGAGUGGGACCAGCACCCCGGCCUCCUUCCGUCACUGCCUGGAAUUUAGAUGGGGAGCGCCACCCCUUCUCCAGCCUGCGGGUGGCUCUGAUCUUGGUGCUUACUCCCCUCCCUGCUCUGUGGCGGGCGGGGGUGCAGCCUCCACACUUGGGGCCAUGGCUCCUCCCUGCCCCCCCCCCACCCCCGGCAGCCUGGUCCGGGUUGAGGGGAGCCAGUGGGCCCUGUUUGUUCUCUUGUCCUGGCUUUGCUGCCCCGGGCCCCAGCGCCACCUCCCCUUCGGUACGCAGCACAGGGGCGUCUACCUCCCACUGAUGUGAAGAGCAGUGUACAGUGCAGCCUGCUGCUAAACCGGGUCGCCUGCCCCUCCCCUCCACUGCCUCCCAUCGCCCGCAGGGAACCCACUGGUUUCCUCAGGGCAAAGGUGUUAUCAGGACGGUGGGUUCAGGUGCCGCUGGUCCCUCCAGGGGCUUGGAGCAGACCCUGGCUGCACCCACGCUUCCCGGCCUGGGUGUGAUGGCGGAGUUGGGGCCAGGCCCAGGUCUCCCAGCUUCUUGUAAACCUCAAAACCAAACCGUGUGCCUUUGGGGCUUCUCCUCAGCUGCUCCCCAGGCAAGCUGGGGGCCUAGGGCAGAGGCAGGUCCACCCGGUGGAGUCCCGGGCCAGGGUCAGUGCCUGGAGUGCCCCCCACUGCCGGAACGGGAACACUGAGAAGUCUCUUUUGUAGUUUGCUGGGCGAACUAUUGAAACAGCUCACUUUUUAAAGACUUGUUUUUGAAUAAUUGUAUCUUCAUAUAAAGUUUCAAAUGGCACCGAG